AUGUCUUUCCGACUUUCUAGCGGGUGCAGGCGGGCGAGCUCACGCGCUAGUCCUGGCCGGCUGCCUGGUGGAGGAACAGGCAUCACCGCUGGGAAUGGAUGCAGUGGGUCGGGCGCAGGCGGUAGCUUUCCCGGUAGUCUGGCAAGCCUUUCAUCUGGAACGGGUUUCUGUAAUAGCGGUGGAGGCUUGGGAAGUGGCACCUGCGUUGGUUUCCUUGGAAAUGAACACGGCCUGCUCUCCGGGAAUGAGAAGAUGACCAUGCAGAACCUCAACGACCGCCUGGCGUCCUACCUGGACCACGUGCGCACUCUGGAAGAAGCAAACGCCGAUCUUGAGCAGAAAAUCAAGGGUUGGUAUGAGAAAUACGGACCUGGUUCUUCCCGAGGAGUCGAUCAUGAUUAUAGUAGAUAUUUUUCAGUCAUUGAAGAUCUUAAAAGCCAGAUUAUUUCUAUGACUGCCUGUAAUGCCAGCAUUGUUCUACAGAACGACAAUGCCAGACUGACAGCUGAUGACUUCAGGCUGAAGUAUGAAAAUGAGCUUGCCCUGCACCAGAGCGUGGAAGUUGACAUUAACAGUCUUCACAGACUGUUGGAGGAGCUGUCCCUCUGCAACACCGACCUGGAGAUACAAUCGGAAACCCUCAGCGAGGAAUUGAUGUCCCUCAAAAGCAAUCACCAGGAGGAAAUGCAAGUCCUGCAGUGCGCAGCCGGGGGGAACGUCAAUGUGGAGGUGAAUGCUGCCCCAGGAGUGGACCUCACUGCCCUGUUGAACAACAUGAGGGCUGAGUAUGAGCAUCUGGCCGAGCAGAACCGCAGAGACGCCGAGGCCUGGUUUAACGAGAAGAGUGCUUCACUGCAGCAGCAGAUCUCUGACGAUGAGGGGGCAGUCGCCGCAGCCAGAAGUGAACUGAUGGAACUGAAACGCAACCUACAAACCUCGGAAAUCGAACUUCAGUCUGUUACUGCCGUGAAACAUUCCUAUGAAUGUUCCUUGGAUGAGACCAAAAGCAAUUAUUGCCUUCAGCUUCAGCAAAUCCAGGAUCAGAUUGGAGCGAUGGAGGACCAACUGCAGCAGAUCCGAACAGAAACAGAAGGCCAGAAGCUGGAGCACCAGCAGCUUCUUGACAUCAAAAUAUUCUUAGAAAAGGAAAUUGAAACUUACUGCAAAUUAAUAGAUGGAGAAGAAAGAAAAGGUAAAUCUACAUUCUACAAAUCAAAAGGACGUGGGCCUAUAAGUUCUGAAAAUCAAGUCACAGACUCAACAGAAGAAAUCCUUGUCAAAACAGUGGUUGAAGAACUAGAUCAACUUGGCAAUGUCCUUUCACUGAGGGUCCACUCUGUUGAAGAAAAAUCCUCCAAAAUAAGCAACAUCACAAUGGAGCAAAGAGUGCCUUCUAAAGCACCACACUGA